GCUUUACGAUUCAUAACUGGUGAUAACGUCAUUACUAAACUACUGUCCCUCUUCAGACAGUGCAAACAGAAAGAGGACCAACAGAGGGCUCCAUCGAAGGCCUUGGUAACCAUAGAAACUCCUAGCAACAAAAACGGAUGGUGACAACAGCUUUCACAGAGCAGAUCACAAAUAAGUUGCUUGAUCGAAACAUGGAAAACCGUGCAUCGCCAUCCAAUGUGAGUUUCACAGCAGAGUCAGCUCAGCUUAUGAAAAUCCUGCUGGAGAGACACACUCACACCGGGGAUCAGGAGGAAACCCCUGAGACGACGAGUGUGGACUGGGUGUCCAGCGAGGACUUCACGGUCGACGAGGGGAAGAGACAGAUCGGGGAGCACAUCCGAACCUGGGAGCUGCAGCCCCGCUGGUUCCACAGCCUGGAUUUCCUCUGCACGACCGAGGAGCAGCAUCUCACCUUCCACCACUACCGGGCCCGCUUCAGCACCCCGACCCCGAGGGAGCCGAUCCAGGGGACGGCUUGCGUCUACUUUGUCAUGUGCGAGUCUAAACUCAGAGCCCGGGAUCAGCCCGUGGAAGUGGGCUUCGUGGUGGAGUCGAACAGGCUGGUGCACAAACCCGGAGCCACCAGGUUCACGGAGAAGUGGCUGUUGGAGGUGAUCGAGAGCAAGGCUGCGCUGCGACAUGCGGCAGAAGCACCUAGAUCAGCCCCGAGAGCCACAUCCAGCUAGCAAGUGUUAGCUCAAAUGAAGUCUAUUAAAAUGAAAACGACUCGCUAGCAGCUUCUGAAUUGUUUCCCCAACAGUUACUGCAUCGUCAAAUGUGAGCGAGUUUCCAAACUAUUUCCAGCAGCCGCAUUCAUGAACAGACACGUUUUAUUUUAACACAUGUGCUUAUUUAAAUGGCAAAACACCGCUUGAGCGUGCUGUUAGAAGGCUAGCUUGCUAACCACACGACUUAACGUUUGCUAGCCACAUGCUAAUUAGCCUCUGCUAGCCUGGUGAAUGCGGUGUUUUCCACGCAGUAUCACGCAUGAAACCGCACAAGUCUUUUUCUUACCUUACACGACACAGAGCGCAGCCGAAAUGUUUCAUUCUAUGAGAACCUGGUCGGAAAAAAAUAAACAGGAAGUAGACAGGAAGUGACGCAAUAGGCCUGUUUUAAGGGGCAAUGUUUUAUUUCUGUCGUAAGGUGUCGACAAACACCUUUAUCAUUGACAGAAAAUACUUCUAUUCAAAUAAAUGUGGGCCCGUGAAUUACAA